AUGGCUGACAGCACGGCAACUCCCGAGGCCAUCCGCAGUGACAAGGACGAGGAGGACAAGGGCAAGCAUCAGGACCAGGACAAGACGAAGGAACAAGGAACAAGGACAAGAAGCAACCAGAGCAAGGACAGCAGCAAGGGACAGGGCACAGGCAACAAAGACACGGACAGCAAGACAAGGGAGAAGGAAGAGGUGGACGCGACAAAGACCAUCGAGGAGAGGACAACGGUAGCCAGCGACCUGGAGAAGAGCGGCACCAGCACCUGCGAGACGGCCGCGGUGAAAGGAUUCGCCACGACCACAGGCAGCCUCAUUGCCGCCGGUGCCGGUGCUGCCGCCCCCGGUGCCGCCGCCCCCGAAGUUGGAUCCGUCAUCUCCGGCGAGACCACCGGCUUUGGUAGUGCAGACAUCCGCAGUCGCCUCACUCAAUAUGCUAAUCAAUAG